AGGAGCCACAGAAGCUUCACGUUCCCAGAAAUCCCAGCUCCAGUCCUGAUUCCUGAUGGUGGUGGAGGUGAGAAGCCGAAUGGAGGCGACGGAGCCAAACCAGCAGAGAGUGGAGGCCAACAUCCUGCUGCUGGGAGCGCACAACGUGGGCAAGACCGCUCUGACCGUCAGAUUUCUGACCAGACGGUUCAUCGGAGAGUACGGAGAUAUCGAGUCCAUUUACAGUCGAGUGGACAGAGUGGAUGGUCAGGACAUCUGCAUCAACAUCUGGGACUCCCAGGCUGGAGGGAAAAGUGGCUCCAUCAGCGACAAGCAGCUGCAGUGGGCGGACGGGAUGGUGCUGGUCUACGACAUCUGCGACCGCGGCAGCUUCGACGUCAUUCGCCAGCAGCUGCAUCUCAUCCGUCGCAGCAGGAAGAUGUCGUCCGUUCCCGUCGUCAUUGUUGGGAACAAACGGGACCUGCAGCAUCACCGCAGGGUCUCCGGCGAGGAGGGUCACCUGCUGGCUCAGACGGAGCGCUGCGGCUUCUUCGAGGUGUCUGCGGCCGAGGCGUACCACGGCGUCCUGCUGGUGUUCCACCGGCUGGUCGACCUGGUCAGAGAAACCCGGGCGCUGAGGAAGAGCAUGGCGGGGGUGAGGGGGAUCGUCCGGAGCGUGUCGGCGGUGUUCGCCAAGAAACGAGCAGAAUGAACUGGCAGAGAGAGUUUACCGCUUUAGAUCCAGGAGACUUCCUGCCCAGAACCCUCUGAGGACGGUGGAAGAUGAGACGGAUUAGGAAGGCUGACAGAACGAGCCUUCCUUUGAACGUAGAUCAAGGUGGUCACGUGAGAUUUGCAGGUGUUAAGAUGAUCCUGGAAGAGACGGUGGAAGAACCGGCAGAUGGAUCCUGCUGGUUCUGGACCUCCUGAGGAGAGCAGAGGAGGAAACCCGCUGACAGGGAGGCCAACGAUCAGCCGCAGCAGAAAGAUGGCGGCUGCUUCUCCUCUUUAGGGACAGAAAGUUAGACCUUCUUAGGUUCAGGAACUCUGCAGCCAGCAGGAGGCGCUAGUUCCCAUUAACCAACCUUUAACUGCUCGGAUCCAUGCAUUUGAUUAAGGUUGCAUCAAUAAAUGUUGGAAAUAAGAAUAUUUAUUUAAAAAGUUAUUGAUCUUCUAAUUCUCUGUAAGCUGUAUUUAUAUAGACGAUGAAACCAAUAAUUUUUUUCUUUUAGCUACGAAAUCUGUUAGCUGAAGCAGGAUUGAGACCCCUAGUGGUGUCGCUGUGGUACUGCAGGGGGUUGUGAGAACGUUAAAGAUCCUCCAGCUGUGAAAGAAUCUGUUUGUCUUCGUGUUUCUGAUGUAAUAAAUUUAUCCUGGUUUGUUUUUUAUUUCUGCA